UUGCAUUGCGGUCAGCAGCAGACAAAAUCCUCGAGACCCCACGCUCGCUCACCUCGUUCACACGCCGUCUGUUCACCUCCUUUCUUUUCUUGCACAUAGUUGGAGCCGUGGAUCAGCAGCCGGCAGCAGAAACAAACUCACAAAAAAAAGGGAAUGACGGUCGGAACAGGCGACACCCAGCCGCUGCUGCGAAGCGUCACCAACGAGGGGCAGCAAGUUUACACGACGAAUCCUGUUGCCCCGCCGCCGCCGCAGGAUGGCGCCGACAUCGCCGAGACCACCACCAUCGUCGACUUCGACCCCGACGGUGAUGCCGAGAAUCCACUGGACUGGCCCGCGCCCUUCAGAUGGGCCAUCGUGAGCCUGCUCGCCGUCAUGGCUUUUACUGUAACCAUGACGUGCAUCAGCGUCGUCCCCCUCGCAUCCGACAUCGUGCGGGACCUGUCCUCAUCCCCCAACCCAUCCAAAUCGGCCAGCGUGCUCCUGGUCACCAUCUGGGAGCUGGGCGAGGCGGCGGGCCCGCUGCUGAUCGCGCCGCUGUCCGAGAUGGUGGGGCGGUACCCGGUCAUGAACGUGGCCAACCUGCUCUUCAUCGCCGCGGGGGUCCUGGCCGCCACCAGCGAGAGCGUGCCCCAGUUCGUCGUCGCCCGCAUGCUCAACGGCCUCGCCGUCGCCGGCAACGUCCUCAACCCGGCCCUCGUCGGCGACAUGUUCCCCAGCGACGAGCGCGGCGGCGCCCUGAGCCUACUGUUUCUUGCUCCCCUGAUCGGAGGCGCCUUUGGGCCUAUGAUUGGCAGCGCCGUGGCUGAUUUGUAUGGGUGGAGGACAGUGGUGUGGAUGACGGUGGCGCUGGCGUCCGCGUGCGAGGUGCUGUUUCUGUGCUGUUUCCGCGAGACGUACAAGGUGGCUAUCCUCCGGAAACGGGCCAAGAAGAUGACGGCCCAUGCUGCGGGCUCGGGCAAGACGUUCAAGACGGCGUUUGACGAGGCCGAGAGCCUCAGCACCGCGGGGUUCUCCCAGUGGAAGAAGUUGCGGGAUUCGGUUCUGCGCCCGGCCAUCGUGCUAUGCAGCAGCGGCGUCUUGAUGGCCAUGUGCUUGUUCAACUCGGUCGUCUUCACCUUCUUUUACAUUUACAGCACCAGCUUUGCGGAUAUUCUGAUCGACAUCUACCAACUAUCACCCGUAGCAGUCGGCUCCUGCUUCACUAUGUUUUCAAUCGGCUCGACCAUCAGCGUCGUCAUCUGCAACCGCGCGCUCGACCGCAUCUACGUACGCAUGCGCUUCACCCACAAGGGCGUCGGCAAGCCCGAGUUCCGGCUGCCCCUAGCGAUCGUGGGCGGGUUCGCGCUGCCCCUGACGGUGGCGGCGUACGGGUGGGCGGCGCAGCUCCGGCUGCCGCUGGUGUGCCUGCUGUUCUGCGUGUGCGCAAUGGGCACCGCCCUCAUGCUCGCCGCCAUCCCCCUCAUGGCCUACAUCGUCGACGCCUUCGGCCUGUUUGCCGCGUCGGCCAUGACCGGGAUCAUCGUCACGCGCUGUCUGACGAGUACUUUUCUGCCGCUGGCUACGGCGCCGCUGGUGGAGAGGUGGGGGUUUGGUUGGGGGUUCUCCGUGCUGGCCGGGUUUAGUUUGCUGCUGGCGCCGAUCCCGAUCUUGAUGUUGCGGUAUGGGGAGCGCUGGAGGACGUUUUCUAGGUAUAGCCGGGAUGAAUGAGGGGCAUGACUGAUGAUGGAUGGACGGGGGCAAGGGGCUGGGUAAUGAUGGUUUCUAUGAUAUGGGGCUUCAAAAAGAUGGUUCUCACGAUAAUGACGGGCACCUG